CACAAAAGACCUUCCCAUGCAGUAGUCUUGUAAUAGGGCAGAUGGCCCAACGGUUUUACUCGAGACAAUGGACAAGUACGAGAAGGUGAUGUGUUUGGGCCGAGGAGCAUCAGGAGAAGUUUUCCUGAUGAGACACGUUGAGUCGGAGAGGCUACAUGCAGUCAAGAGAAUCAAACUGGAGAGCGCUCGGACACGGAGGGCUAUUCUUCAAGAGGCGGAGAUCAUUAGGAAACUGAAGCAGCCUCACAUAGUGAACUGCAAUGAGGCUUUUGUGAGCCCUGAUGACAGCUUUAUUUAUAUUGUGAUGGACUACUGUGAUGGCGGGACAUUAGAUGACAGAGUCAAAGAGAGGAAACCUAGCGACUUCUUUGCAGAGAGUACUAUUAUGGGAUGGUUUGUGCAGGUCGCUCUGGCUGUGAGUUACAUACAUGAAGUUAAAAUACUUCACAGGGACAUCAAAACCUCAAAUGUGUUGCUAACAAAACAAGACGUGGUGAAGUUGGGUGACUUUGGAGUAUCCAGAAUGAUGACGAGCACAGCUGACAUGGCCUCCACGUGUGUGGGAACUCCUUGCUACCUAAGCCCGGAACUCUGCCAGGAUGUUCCUUACAGCUCCGAGUGUGACAUCUGGGCUCUGGGCUGCCUGCUCUACGAGAUCUGUGCUCUCACGCCUCCAUUUGUAGCCUGCAACCUCCUCAGUCUCUUAAACAAGAUCACCAAAGGAGAGUACGAACCGGUGCCUGAACUUUACUCUCAAAAUGUUUCCUCUUUAAUCCAAAGGAUGUUAAACAUUGAACGCCAAAACAGACCCAGUGCUGCCUGUAUAGUUAACAGCUUCUUUGUGCAAGAUCACUUGCAGAAUAUUCAACGUAACGACACGCUGAAUAACGAUACGGAUGUGGAGGAGGAGGAUGCCUGUGCUGGUGGCUGCCUCUACCCUGACGACUUUGACGAGGACGAGGAGCGAAGUUUGUCUCCUUUGGAGGAACAGAGCCAACAUUCGUUCUCAUCAACAAGGACACAUUCUGCUGAGCUUCUCGUGUUUUCACAGUCUUGCCAGAAUGUUACGGACCAAAUUGAAUAUCCGGAUGAUUUUGAGGAAGAUGAGGAAGAGGACAAGUGUGCAGAAGUGGCUUAUGGAAAUCACACUUCCACUCUUGACUGCGAUGAUUCCCUGGUUGAGUUCCAGCUCUGUGAUGCUGGAGGAAUGCUCGUUACACUGAAGGCCUUAAAGGAGAAGGCCUAAAAAUGCACAUUUGAACAGACUGUGAUGUGUCGGUGUGUGUGUGCGUGUGUGCAUGUGUGUGCAUGUGUGCGUUUCAAACUAUGUUCUAUAGAGCAAAAAGGGCAUUUGAGGUCAGAGGCUCUUUUCAGAAUGUAUGUGACAGCAUAGUUGUUGUUCUAAUUUUGGAGCCAAACACACCACACGAUAUGUUGGUGCAAGUGAAGCAUGAAACAUUCAUUUGUGCAUUGACUCUAGAUGUAUUGCGACAAGGAGUAAAUAAUCAUUCUUCUAGAUGUACGAUCUCACAGAGAUAAGGUUGAGGACCGAAGCAAACAUGUUACAGCAUACGGAUACGGCUGCAGAGUUGCAAAAUUUUGAUAGGAAUUUAGGCUGGGUAAUUUACAAAACUGGAAUCUUUCUAUGAGAGUUCUGGAGCAUAAAUCUCAAUUUUCAAACAUAAGUGUAAACAUUUUGUUGAGUCACAAAGACAUCUAUACAAAACAUUACCAAUGUACUAGGGUGAAGUCUGGUAGUUUUAGUCAGGAUUAUGCCAGCCUAGAUUUUGUAUACUUUGCAAUAUUUACGAUAAAUUCCCUAAUAUGAGACAAGCACCAACUUUUUCAGUUCUUAUAGUUUAUUCCCUUCUAUUUGCAUGAAUUCCCGUUUAUUAAAAAAACAACUCUAAUUUCCAGUAAGGUUUCCACUUCUCUGACCCCAUUAAUGAGGCUAAUAGUACACAAUGUUGUAUUUUAUAUGGCUGCAGCUAAUUAUUAUUUUAAUAAUUAAUUCAUCUGUCAUUCAUUUUGUUGAUCAAUUGAUGAAUCAGAAACAUGCUUUAAUUUCCACGCUUUUAUCAAAAAAUGACAUUAUUUCAAAUUGGUUGUGCAGCAAAUACACAAACAUCGACUAUUAAAAAAAAUCACCAAUUACAGUAGUUGUUGAUUAAUCGAUUAUUUGUAACACCUCAAGUCGUUGAUUAUUACUCACUGGCUUUGAAUUACCAUGGAAAGUCAACAAGUUUCGUCUAAUUCAGCAACAAGUCGAUCCCCUGAACAUGCAGGUAAUCUACAUUCAACUGAUUGUUCUACCUUUAUGAAACAAUUUAAAUAAAAAAUGGAAGCCAG